AAAGGAACCAGAUAGUGAACAAUGAGUGCCUGGAAUCUUUUUCUCAAACAUACUGAUGGGAAAACGUUUACACUAGUAAUUCAAGAGAGAAAAGAAAAUGUUACUGUGAAGCAAGUGAUGUCAUUGGUUCAAGCAAAAACAGGAAUACCUCCAGCUGAGCAGAGGUUGAUACAUGGAGGAAAGCAGCUGGAUGAAGAGAAGAAUAUUAUUGAUUAUCCAAACCUAGGACCAAAUUCAACACUCUUUUUGGUCUUGAGACUGCCUGGAGGAACUGGCCUUAUCUCUUUGGCAGAAAGAGAUACACCACGAGGGCCGGAUUUUGAGUAUAGUGAUGGCACCCCAUGCAUGAUUUGCUUUACCCACCCUAAUGAUGAUAAUCGAUAUAAUGCAAAAAGGUUACCAUUAGUUCUGCCUUGCCGAAGAGGUCACACCAUAAUGCAUCCACACUGCUUCAUACAAUAUUGUCAAAAUGAGAUAUUUGAUAAUAAGAGGGAAGCUGUUUGCUGCCCACAAUGUCAAAAUGAAUGGACAUUGGAUGUCAUUCAAAAAUAUGGAGUAGCUACCAAGGAGGAAAUUGAAAUAUUCUCUAAUGGUUUGUCUGUAAAUGUCAUUCACAACGAUCCAAAUAUUUCUGAGUGUCCAGGUUGCUUGAGCUACUGUGAACGGAAGAAUAAAACAGAUAAUCGAGUACAUUGUCGCAUGUGUGCUAAACAGGGCAAGAACUAUGAGUUCUGCUGGCAUUGCAAACAAAAUUGGACUGGUGAUGGGAGCAAAAACUGUGGCAAUCCUAAAUGCAAUGCCGCUGAUAUCCUUGAACAAAUCAAUGCUGCUCCACAAAAAGAAGUGAUUGGAGUGCUUUGUCCUUCAAUGCGUCUUUGUCCUAACUGUGGUACUGCUAUUGAACAUAAGAGUGCUUGCAAGCAAAUGAGCUGCAAAAUUUGUCAGUGUGAGUUUUGUUUCAUUUGCUUACGACAAAAACGAGACGGGUCCUGGCAAUGUGGUCGCUCCUAUGAUAAAUGUACACCAGCUCCACGGCAAGUUAAAGUACCAUCAAGGAAAUGAUCAGUAUAAACUAAUUAACAUUUAAUAUCUGUCUUGUUUGUAUGGCGGUAUAUAGAUAUAUAUGAGCAAAUAUCAGUAUUAAAUUUUUGAAAGUUUAAC